CAAGGGAUUGCCUGGCAGAGGCUGCGAGGCCUCGCUUCAUUCACAGAAAUGUGGGGAUGCUAGCCAGCCCUUUCAUUCACUCGCGCAGCAUCUCAUUCACAUUUUGCAGUCCUGCUGGCCGCUUCUAACCAAGAGAGCCAUUCGGGAGCUGUAGGGUUUUCUGGGCAGUAGAGACACGUAAAAAUAGGCUGUGGUGUGUAUAUUUGCUGUUGCUGUGCUAGGAGGAUGACGAGAGGAAUGAAUGCUGUGAGGAUGCUAUAGCAGGUUUGCAGCGUGGUGAUGAAAGGCUCUUCUGCAGAUCAGUAGAAAACUGCUUUACAUUGACUAGGAUAUUGCCAUUAUUCAUCACUGCUGGGAUAAGAGGUGCUGACUUAAUUCAGUAUGUCAUGAAUAUACUAAUUAAAUACCUGUAUUUAAGCCGGCUGUUCCACUGUGUUUGCAGUUUGUAUACUGCAGGCUUUAGUCUUCGGAGGAGGAAGGAAUUCCAUAGGCUUUUUUUCCUUUAAUUUGUGCUGCAGUUAGUAAUUUAUUUUAAAAAAUUGUACUAUGCAACUUCUCUGAUCUGAAUUUGUUUAUAAUGCAGUGUGUUGUCCUACAUCCAAAAAAAAUGUUUUGCAAAGCAGAUUGAUUUAUAGGAAAAAGCCAUAUGGCUUAUGAUGGGCAUUGUGUAUCACAAUGCUGUACACAUUUGGACUUCUAAAUAAAUUGCAGGAGAAAUUAAAUACCUGUUUUCUGCAUGUUUUGCUACUUCUCCAGAUCAAGUGUUUGUGACUGACAUUUAUUCUUAAUAAAGGCUUUUUUUUUUUUUUUCCUCACUGCAGGGUGUCAGUUUGCUGCUACCUGGACUUUUUAAUAUUCUCUCAGGGUUCUUUCAGGUUCUCAGAACAGAAUCAAACAUUCCAGUGAAUUGAAGACCCUCUUCAUGUCUUUCUUCGGAGUGAAUAUCAAUUGUGAAAGAAAAAACGUCUAUUAAGCCUGUUUUUUGGACAUCAGAAAAAUACUUUUCCUCACACAUAGGAAGUGAUUUGCAGUGUUCACAGCCUUUUGUUGAAAAGGGUCCUUCUCAUUUGUGUGAGUCAUGCUUUUGCUGUGAGCGAGUUGGCAGCUCUAAGCAGGACUGGGAUCUCAGUCACAGAAAACUGUUACUUCACCCAACCUGAACAAGGAACCAAAAGAAAUUUCUUAAAAAUAUAUCUUUUUUCAUUUUUCCUUAUGCUCUUUUCUUUUUUACCCUAAACUCUUGUUAACCCUCCGUGCCGUUAUGAAUUGCUUGCUAUGUUAGUACAGGCAUCUCCUGCACUGGCAUCAGAUUUGCCAGAACAUAUGCAGGAAAGCAGAUAGAAGGGCAUGCUUCAACGUACCAAGUAUAACCGCUUCAGGAAUGAUUCUGUGACAUCUGUUGACGAUCUUAUUCACAAUUUGCCCAUGAACAGCAAAGUCUCAGCAGUUGCUACAACUUCAGCAUCACCUUCGUACCUGGUCUCACCAGAGGUUCUCCGCAAGGACCAAGAAGAUGGACCCACCACCCUGUGUACCCUCAUCCAUAAAGUGUCCCACUUGAAACUCUCUAGCACGGGCAGCCUUUUGGGUAUCAAAAACCUCUCCUCUGCAGUAAAGGAGCUUGCUGUCUCCAAAUUGCAGGGAAGCUCGAGUGCUUCUAGUUCAGCAGCAGGGGCUUCAGACAACACAUGUAACCUUGUCUCUGCCACUUCGUGUUCUCAGCAGGACAUGAGCAAGAUGAGUAUGGGGAAAAAAGCACGGUUAGAGGAAAUGCACCUGGGAAGUGAAGAUUGGAAUCAAACUAGCAGUUUUGUCAAUAAAUCCUCUCGAGGAUGGCUGCACUCGAGUGAGAAGAUCCUGGGACCUGGUGUGACGUACAUUGUGAAGUACUUGGGCUGUAUAGAAGUCUUACGGUCAAUGAGAUCUCUUGACUUCAGUACUAGAAUGCAGGUUGCAAGGGAAGCAAUCAGUCGUGUUUGUGAAGCCAUGCCUGGUGCCAAAAGAGCCUUCAAGAAACGAAAGCCACCAAGCAAAGUCCUUUCUAGCAUCUUGGGAAAGAGCAAUCUUCAGUUUGCAGGAAUGAGCAUAAUGUUGAAUAUCUCCACCAGCAGCUUAAAUCUAAUGAAUCCUGAUACAAAACAGAUCAUAGCAAAUCACCAUAUGCAAUCUAUCUCCUUUGCAUCUGGAGGUGACCCGGAUACUUCAGACUAUAUUGCAUAUGUAGCUAAGGAUCCUGUUAAUCGUAGAGCUUGUCAUAUACUGGAAUGCUGUGAUGGCCUGGCCCAGGAUGUCAUCAGCACCAUAGGGCAAGCAUUCGAGCUUCGAUUUAAGCAGUACAUGCAAUGCCCCUCUAAGACACCUACUUUAUCUGAUAGGAUGCAGAGUUUUGAGGACCCAUGGACGGAGGAAGAUAACGAGGCACCAGAGCAUCCCUAUUACAACAACAUCCCAAAUAAAAUACCUCCCCCUGGCGGAUUCCUUGAUGCCAGACUCAAAACAAGGCUUCCCACUGCUGCAGACACACCUCAGUCUGCAUCAGGAAUGGGAGGAGAGCAAAUUUAUUAUCAGAGCCAUCACUUAGGAGAAAAAUUCAGUGAAGAAUGGCAUCAUGAGCAUGUUAAACAAGGAUCUCUGGAUAUUUGUAGUAUGUUAGAAGAUAAAUCAGAAACAGUACCAACAGGAGAGCUGCCAAUAUAUGUAAACACACAGCAUAUAAAUAGAGAAGAUCUAUUGGUACUUCAGGCAGAUGCAGAAAGUACCUUCAUUGGAACAGCAGAGGAUGCUGAAGCAGACAGCCCAGGAAAAGAUCUGUUUGACAUGAAACCAUUUGAAGAUGCUCUCAAGAAUCAAACAUCCGAGGCUCUGCUGAAGAAAUCCACCUCCAUGGGAUGCACCAGUCCUCCUUUAUCCAGAGUAGCUGUGCAGACUGAAGCUGAAGACCUGAGUACAGAGCCAUGGUAUCAAGGAGAAAUGAGCAGGAAAGAAGCAGAACAGCUAUUAAAGAAAUGUGGAGAUUUCCUUGUGAGGAAAAGUACCACGAAUCCUGGUUCCUAUGUGCUGACAGGCAUGCACAAAGGACAAGCCAAGCAUCUUCUUUUGGUUGACCCAGAAGGAACUGUUCGUACAAAAGAUCGUGUCUUUGACAGCAUAAGUCAUCUCAUCAACUAUCACCUUGAGAAUAAUUUGCCUAUUGUUUCUUCAGUGAGUGAACUCUGCCUGCAACAGCCUGCUGAGAGAAAACACUGACUCCAGAUAACUCUUUUAGUAAUUGCAAUUUGAAAGCUACAACUGGUAGAAAUUGUAGCUCUGAAAAGAAAAUGUACAUUAAAAUGUCCACAUAUUCACAUACAUUUCACAAGUAUGUUUUAUUUAAGUUUAAGAAGCCCCAUUUCAUAUGGUCCACUUGAACAUUUUCAAUGCUUUAUGUGACAUGAAAUCACAUCAUAAGCCUUUCUUAAAAGUAAUUUCAACAAAAUUGUUCAGAUUCUCUAAUGUGAAUGUUGAUAGUGUAUAUACACAUUAUAUAUAAAUACAGUAUAUAUUUAUAUUUUUCAAGUCUGUUUGUUGACAGUAUAAAACUAUCUUCUGUGCCAUGUGUUUUUACCAAAAGAAAAAUGACAAGUGUGAUUGUUCAGAUAAAAAAAAAAUAGAAUUCAGCAAUCUCAAUUUCUUGAGAAAUUUAAUACUACAAAUCUUAUUUCUGAUUUUACCUAAGAAGCACAACUAUGGGGAUUACAGAUGGAUUAUGACAGUUAAUCAUAGAAGGAAUCUGAAUUCAGUAACUAGUAUUACAACUCAGAAUUUAGCAUAAAAUGUUUUUUAAAAGCAUUAUUCACUGUCACUGAUAUCAAAAGGAUUUUAUCUUUCUGAUGUCAAGUUUGAAUUCUUAUAUGAUGCUAUUCAAAACAUUUGUAUCUUACUUUAGCAAUGACUUGGUGUGAUCUCUAUGUGUACAAGGUGUGUACUUUGAUUUUUCUAAUGAUAUUGUAACAGUAUAUUGUAACUUCAAUUUUUUAAUUUCAGUGCUAAGGUUAUUUAUAAGUAGUUCUCUGCUUAUGGUGAAGAUCUAGGUGUCCUUGAACUAACAGUCUCAAACGAGAUGUUGCAUACUGAUUAGACAAGUUCAAAUAACUUGUGUUUAAUAGGCUUAAUACAAGAUGAACAUGACUGUUCAAAGACAAAGAUUUUUCAAAGAUCUGAAAAAUCUUUUCUUUUGGUAAGCAGUGAAAACUUUCUGAACUCAGUGGUCAGUUUUGUAAAUGAUGUCACUUGCAUUUACUUGCCAAAGCAUAACUUCAUUUUGGCCUUCAGCAAGUGAUAGGUAUUGGAAAUAUACUGUUUUUCUCUAAACAUCAAGUUUAAAAAAUACACACACAAUAAAGACACAUUUCUGGCAGCAAUGCCCUUGACUUUUGGUACUGGGAAAUGCUUUAAGGGAUGUUUGUACUGUUCACAUUGAAACAUUAUAUAAAGUUAUUUUCCCAUUCUAUGAAUCUUAUUAUGAGUCAAAUUCAAUAGACACAGUUCCUGUAAAUGCAAUGCUUGUGCCAGAGUCAAGAUUUAGCCUUCAGCAAUUCAAGAUCUUCUCUAGCAGCAGUCUCUCAAAUCAAAUCUUCAGACUUGAUUCACAAAAACUCAACAGGGUAAGUCUAGGUUAAGUACCUGCCUACCCUGCAGUAUACUUAAAGUUACAUUUGGUUCUAAGAAUUUGCUAAGUUUAAAAAUUUGUCAAACCAUAAUGAAACUAACUGAAGAAUUCACUUAGAAUGUAUUCAGCAGGACUAUCAUGUUAAAAUUCUGAAAUAACUUUCUUGUGCCCUCUGCUUUUAAAUAUGGUGAAGUUGCAACUUGAAAGUUUGAUUUUGAGUAAUCUCAAAACUGAAAAUUAUUGACACUUAAGACUAAUCAUGCACCUCUGUAAAAAUACACUUGAUUCUGUAAUUCUGACAUCCAGAAGCCAAACAAAGACAUUAGUGAACCAAAUGCUCGUGAUUAAUUUUACUAAAGAUAGUUAUUAUUUGAUAUUUCUAGGUCUGAAUGAGAGCUGAGAGCUAGGGAGAGCAAUUAAAUGCUAAAUUCAACCCAGAUCAGUAUGGCACUGAGUUUAGUAGAAUUCUUCAAAUUUUGUUUUACUAGACUGGGAGUAGCAAGGAAAUAGGAACAGAUCUUAUAUGCCAAAGUAGUAUCCACCAAAAUUACUUUGUCUGAGAGUCUCACAAAAUGACUUACCCAUAUCUCACCAUACUCCAGUUUAAAUUAUCUCAGCUGCCAUUUCUUUUUUCAUAUAUAAUGAUUGUUAUUCCAUGCUCUAACCUUCCUGUAGCCAUGUCCUGGAAAGUUUUCACUGUGAUAUCACGACCUAUAGGACAAGGUGUCUUUUUAUCUUUGUAUAUUGCAUAUAAUUUCAGUAAAAGUCUGGUGCAUAACCCUCUUACAUGUCUUCAAGAAGCCCACCUGCUCGCAAUGUCCAUUCUGGAUUCCUAAAUAUCCUGGAAAAAUUUGACAAGAUUUGGGUGUAUGGAUUUAAGGCACUAAACAUACACUGAAAUAGAUAUCUUAAUUUUUUUUUACCACUGUCCUGUCACUUUAAUGACUUAGCAGCCACUUAGCUGCAUGUUUUGGAAAUUAAAGCUGAUGCCAAGGAGACACAAAAUGAAACUGCUUCAGAGAAAUACUGAAUUUCCCAGACUAUAUUUCACAUAUUGUGCCUCCAGGGGAACGUGGCUAUUUUGAGCUGCUCUGUCAGCAUAGCCAAUUUGCCCAGCUCAGCAUAUCCACGAUGAUGUAAAGCUUACAUACAUCUUGUCUAGAUGCAAUGUGGUCCAAGACAGCAGUAGCACCAUUGCACUGCAACACGAUGAGCCAGCAGGUCCUGCCUGGCCAUACGUGGGGAUACAGAGGCUUUUCUACAUCACUGGGAGCCACACAGUCUCACGGUUGUCCAGAAAGGAAGAGCAUGUGUGCCACUCAGUACUCCAUUUUUGGAUCCAGCCAUGUUUGGUAGAUUUGAAAUCUACCACAAAGGUAGGUAGAAAUCUCUGGUAGAUUUGGCUUUCUCCUUUAUGAAAAGGGCAAAUGAAUUGUAAAGCUAUUUGGAUAGCAGCUCCAAACCAGUUGUCAUUAGACCAACUUUAAACUGAUUUUAACAAGAACUAAUUGAGCCUGCUAGAAUGGCUGGGCUCACUUCUGUAAGGAGCCAACACUGCCACAAAUUUAAGAGAAGCAGAAGUAAUAAGAUAAAUUUAAAUACUGAGAAGUUAGCCGAAAACCUGACAACUGACAGCAUAAUAAUGUGAGUAGUUUGAUGUUCACCUUUGGUUAGAGUACCUCACCUUUUUAAUUAAUUUUUUAUACAAUCUCAAGGACUAGACAUCUCCUUGUGGUAAGGACCAUGACUUCAAGAAGUGGGAUUUUACUGAAUGAAAAACAUUUCUCGACUCAAGAGAAAUCACUGAGAUUAGGUGAUAUUAUAGUAUCUUUUGAUGUCUUUUCAGCGAAUAGCUGAGAAGUCAGAACUGGAACUCUAAAUAUCAUGCCAGACUGUCUACAUUGGUUUUGAGUCCUAUCUGAUUAACAGUUUUGAUUUGAGUCUGUUGCAACUAUAGGAAUGAAUGACAAUGAAAACACAUUCAAUGCCUUUAAACAAAGAACAUGUAUAUGUGAACCAGAUAAUUUUGAUAUUUUGAUUUCUUUUUUUUUUUUUUUUGCAGAUCUAGAUUAAUUAUUAAGUUAAUAAAAUUAAUCCAGUGUUGCUGACAGUGAUAGAUUGCACAUCUAGGUACAAUCAUGUUCCCAAACUUUUCAUUAUUUCAGAUGCUUCAGAAGCAACAAAACCUGAAAAUAUUGUUUGAAAAAUGAAUUACCUUCUGACAAAUGGGAGUUUUUUCAGAGUGAGAAGUUGCAGCUUCCCUUUCCUUAAUGCAAGAAGAGGAUGUUCAAACUUACCAUACCUGGCUGUUCACCAUAUGAGAGGAUGGUAUUUCCAUGGCUUAAUGCCUGCCUUUUUGCCCAGCUAUACAGUUGUUUCACUCCACUUAAUUUCCUACAGGGUUCACAAUGGGAGGUAACAUUGGUCCUGCCAAAACCUGUCUGCCAGACAUUCAAUAAACGCUUGAACAAAGGACAUAGUCCUGGGACCAAGACUUCAGUGCAAAAUGUGCAAAUGGAACUAAAUGUUUAACAGUCUGGUAAAUGUCACCUGCCGGCAGAAGGUUUUCUAUAGGCUAUAUUCAUACUUUUUCCACACUGUGGAAUAAUAUACUCACUUUUCUUAUCACCAUGGUCCCCAGGCAUCAUAUGCAGUAAGAUGAGGAGAAUUUAAAUAAAAAUAUAUUGUAGUGUGAUUGCUGCUGGAACAUAGAUACCAGAUAUAAUGUAUUAAUAAUAGAAUUGAGGCAUAUUUAGACAUUUGUCAGUAGAUUUGAUAACCAGCGAAGUUUUGCACCGUCUAGGAAAUUUGCAGUUAUCGGAGGGAUAUUUGGAACUUGUGAAUACUAGAGAAAAGAUUACAAAUCCUGCUUUCAAAGCUGUUUUUAGCUUCCAAUAUCUAUCCAAAGGAAGUGGUAAAACCAAGACUUUAUAUUAAGUAAACCAUAAUCCAUAUUUGCAUAAAUGAAGUCUAAGCUGAAGUAAGAGACAUACUUCCCUUUUUAUCUGCCUGACAGUUUCAAAAUAUGUCUGCAUAAAGUCGAAAUUCAGACAUACUUUAGUGUACUGUCAAAACUGCUUUGACUUACAUGGUCUUUUUUGCUCAAGCUGAGGUUUGCACUCUUCACACUUUUAUGUGUGUUCAAAGCUGUCAAAAUAGCAGGUAUAUUUCCACUUAAUGCUCUGUGAUCAGCUAGACUUACUUUACUCACUUACAGACAGUGUGUGUGGACCUUGCUCAUAUCUGCAUUGUUUGCAGCUGGAAUGAGGGCUGGCCCGUGGAAAAGACAACAUGGACAUACAAUUUGCCUGCAGUUAACCUGAGGCUUGGAUAGAGAGUGAAAAGCCGUCUUGAGAGAGAAAACUUCAGGGAUAAGAAAUGUGAAGCCUGGAAACAUGAGCCAGUAGGCAUUUAAACCACUAAUGAGAAUAGAGAGUUGUUGCCAAAUUAUAAACAUGCUAAUUGGUUGAUAGAGUUAAAGCAGAACCUCUGGGGAUACAAAGCCUACUGCUCAUCUCUUAUUGAGACGUUUAUGUUCACAAGCCCUGAUCUGUUCCUUUGCACACUCCAAUGUAAACAUCUCCUAAGGCUUCCAGGGAGAAAAUACAGGGCUUUUUUUUUUUUUUUUUUUUUUUUUUGUCUCAGUAAUGGGGAUAAGAUUUUGGAGCUAAACAUUUCUAGCAAAAGCACUGUACAAAGCACCAUGUUUCAACCUUGUUUGACAACACAACAGGUCAUGGAAACCAAAGGAAAACAGAAGCUAGAACUACGUGACUCAUUCUGCUACACCACUGCAUGAGACAGUGCAGAUGACUCAGAAAACAAAGGUAGCCUCAGAAUUUGAGAUUAAGAUGCAGAUUUACACUUUAUGUAGUUACCAUGAAGAUCAAAUAAAGUCCAGGUCAAUGAAAGCUUUUUCCAGCAGUCCUCCUUUUUCUUCCAUGACGAACAAGACACCAAACACACCCAGGUAUACAUUAAUUCAAAACUAAGUGAAAUUUUCUAUGAAGUGAAGAAUGUGAAGAUUAUUAUUAGUAUAUAUAUGUGUCCUUUUUGUCUGGAUUGCUGUGAUAACUGCUUCUUAGUAAAGUCCUGCAGAGUUAAAACUUGAAAGAAGUUAGGUUUCUUUUUUUGAGGUAAAUGUUUUUCUUUGCAUUGUGUGGGCAGCAACAACAAAACUAAAAAGUGACUAUUUUGCUGUAAAAAGAAGUUUUAUUGUACAAUUGUUAUUUAAUAAUAUUUAUUACUUUUAGAAACAUUUUUAACUGAGAAUUGCAGGAAAAAUAAUGUAUGUGGAAAUAUUGUGAUAAUUUAUAUUCCUAACCACUUUUGUGAAUCUCAAGUCUUUGCCUCUCUGCUGACUGUGAUAUUUUAGCUAUAGAGACAAAUUUUGUCUCUGAGGAAGUCCUUGAGCAAUGUAGUUUGGAAUAUAAGUGUCAUGCAACUGUUUUCUGAUUAUUCAGUUUGUAUAUGUUUAACCAAAGUAAUAAAACAGUGAGCACUAUUACUAGAUUGAAAUGCA